CUCGCUCGCGGCGAGGUGGCAGUUUGGGUCUGGUCCUGUGGAAUCGUAUUAUGUCGCGCCCGAAGAAUCAAAAUUACAAGGGCCAUGGAUUAUCAAAGGGAAAAGAGCGAGAGCAGAGAGCUUCAAUCCGAUUCAAGACCACUCUCGUGAAUACUCUCAUGGAUGUCCUUCGCCACAGGCCGGGCUGGGUAGAAGUAAAGGAUGAAGGGGACUGGGAUUUCUACUGGUGUGACGUCAGCUGGCUCCGGGAGAACUUUGACCACACCUACAUGGACGAACAUGUGCGGAUCAGUCACUUCCGAAACCACUACGAGCUGACGCGCAAGAACUACAUGGUGAAGAACCUGAAGCGGUUCCGGAAGCAGCUGGAGCGCGAGGCAGGGAAGCUGGAGGCAGCCAAGUGCGACUUCUUCCCCAAAACCUUUGAGAUGCCAUGCGAGUACCACCUGUUCGUGGAAGAGUUCCGCAAAAACCCGGGGAUCACCUGGAUCAUGAAGCCUGUAGCCCGGUCGCAGGGAAAAGGCAUUUUCCUCUUCCGGAGGCUGAAGGACAUCAUGGACUGGAGGAAGGGCACCGCUGGGAAGAAGCUCACCAGCUCAGAGGCCCAGCCAGCCCGGAGCGCUGUCAAUCCACCUGGAGGCCAUGACGCAAGAAGUUCUGAUGACCAGAAGGAUGAAAUCCCCGUGGAGAACUACGUAGCUCAGCGCUAUAUCGAAAACCCCUACCUGAUAGGAGGCCGCAAGUUUGACCUGCGCGUCUACGUGCUGGUGAUGUCGUACAUCCCGCUGCGGGCCUGGCUGUACCGGGACGGCUUCGCCCGAUUCUCCAACACCCGCUUCACACUGAGCAGCAUCGAUGACCAGUAUGUUCACCUCACCAAUGUCGCUGUGCAAAAGACCUCUCCUGACUACCAUCCAAAGAAGGGCUGCAAGUGGAUGAUCCAGCGCUUCCGCCAGUACCUGGCGUCCAAGCAUGGGCCGGAGGCGGUGGAGACGCUCUUCAGCGACAUGGACAACAUCUUCAUCAGGAGCCUGCAGAGCGUGCAGAAGGUGAUCAUCAGCGACAAGCACUGCUUUGAGCUGUACGGCUAUGACAUCCUCAUAGACCAGGACCUCAAACCGUGGCUCCUGGAGGUCAACGCAUCCCCAUCGCUGACAGCCAGCAGCCAGGAGGACUAUGAGCUCAAGACCUGCCUUCUGGAAGAUACCCUGCACGUCGUGGACAUGGAGGCCAGGCUCACAGGAAGGGAGAAGCGAGUGGGAGGCUUUGACCUCAUGUGGAAUGAUGGCCCUGUCAGCCGAGAAGAGGGGGCUCCUGACCUGUCGGGGAUGGGGAAUUUUGUGACCAACACACACCUUGGCUGUGUCAACGAUCGGAAAAAACAGCUGAGGCAACUGUUCCGCUCCCUUCAAAGCCAGAAGAAAGCCUCCAGUUAGUCCCCGCGGUGGGGAGGAAAGCGACCCUGGGAGGUGCCAGCACAGUCCUCUCCCCACUCUUUCCAGCACAGCGGUGCCUCCACGCACUCACCUCCCUCCCUCUGGCCUGGCAGCAGCGUUGCUGCUCACUGCUUGUUCCAGGUCCCCUGGAUGCCCCCACCUGGGCACCUCUGCACCAGGAGACGGCCAAUCCCUGGGACUAGAUGCGUAUUAACCUUGAGGGAUUGGCCUGGCCAUCGGGCCUGACAAGGACAACCGCAGCAAGUUCUGCUACCCCAGAGAUCCUGUUUAAUAAAUGAGAACAGACCUCA